AUGCCGCCCAAGGCCACGGAGAAGUCCUCGAAAGCAGGGAAGGGCUCCCAGAAAGGAGAGGCGCCGCAGGUGACCCGAAUAGACUUCGGAUUACCUCCAGCGGUUACGACGUCGCUCCAAUCUAUCUCUUCGCGGGCGACUCAGGACCUCUGGUUGCAGGCCAACUUCAACCAGGAGGAUGCCACAGCCGAACAGCAAGCCCAACGAAGGGCGAACGCUAUUUCAAAAUUAUCAAAGCGCCUGACCGGCAAUGCUCGUGCCAAGGACGAGUUGAAGACGUCGCUGCAGCAAUGGUUGUCGACGAUUGGUCUCCAUCUUCUGGGACUCAUAAGUCGAGUCCGAGCUAUCGGAGACAAGAUCGACGAAGACACCCGUGGUGCUGUGCAGGAGAUGCAAGCUGUUUUGGCGGAACAACAGUCCAGCGCCUCAUCCGAUCGAGUGGCUCUGGCACAAAGCUCCCUGGGACGAGUGUGGAGCUUGUCCCAGGUAGCGGAGGUACAGGCUAUCGCCUCGGCUUUGAGGACCUUUUCCAGUGGUGCACUUGCCGGACCUCCAGAUCCUACCUCCGCUGCGUGGCGUUUGGGCGAGGGCUCUGUGCCGGCCCGAACGCCACCUCCGGUGCCGUUUCCGGCGCGGUUUUGGCGCUCGUGUGUGGUCCGUGCUCGGUCGCUCUGCAAAGUGCAGAGGUCUUGCCCGGAGAACACCCAUGGUGCAGAGGGUCAAAUGGUGGGCACUGGCGAUAUGGGCUCCGAGGCCAGCUUUGGGCUUCCGGGGCGUUCCCAUAUGGUAGGUGUGGACUACGGCAUGGGCGACACCCCUGUAUCUGUGCAGUUUGGCGCUGGCACCGAGCAGGCAUCCGCCUCGGGACCGCCCUCGAUGAGCUCUGGCGGGCGAUGGCGAAAGCGGAGCGGCGGUGGCACCGAACGCCCCGCCAAGAGACGCACCCCGGAGUCUCUGAGCCGGCCGCCAGUCACGGAGAUAACGGACAACGACACCGAGCUUAUUCCGGACUUGUCACACAAUGGGCCUGUUGCACCGGCAGCUCCCCAAGCGCAGGACUGGGUGGCGGCAUGGCAGGCACUCCUUCGCUUCGCUGUCGACAGUGGGGCAGAUCCGGUUGGGGAUCUGACAGCAUGCCCGCGCCAGGAUGCAGCUUUGCCGGUCACCACGGACGCCCAGGCCGAACCCUUAGUUCGGCAGCGUGUGGAGCAGACUUGGCAGGCCUUGAAGGAUGGGGUCUCGGGCGAGGCCGAUGCGGACCUUCCGUCGUUGCACAGACUGCUUGCAGAAGCGUUGCAUCAGCUACGUGGAUGUGCCGGCGCCCUUCAUGCUGCACCUCAAGGACUUUUGGUUGCCGCCCACAUCUCGGUGGGUGGUUUGCUCGAUCCCUUUGCCUACGCACCAGCAACGGCACAAGAAUGGCUGUUCCCAGGUCUCUUGACCGAGGCGGGCCUUCCUUGCAAGGGAUUCAUUGCGUUGGAAGCGUCCGCCCACCAUCACGUCCAGACUAUUCUGCGGCAGCCAUGCCCUUUCCUGGAGAGCGUGGGGUUGGAGACCACGCAGGAGCUCACCUUUGCCUGGCACCAGUGGUGCGGACUGACCGUCUGUCGUCUUGUGAUCCUGGUAGGCAAGUUGUGCAUAGUGUACGUAGCUUUCCGGCGAGCUUGUACAGUCUCUGACCGCUUCCAGACCGCAUACGGGCCUCGGCUUUCUUUUGAGCGCAAGUGGCAACUUGGCUGCACUGUGGUUGCGUCCGCGCUUUGGGCCUGUGUUGUGCUUGCCCCAGUCUCGGCCAUCCGGUUUACCAUUUUGGCCCUGGCAUGUGAGACCUGUGCCCUCCGUGUUGUCCGAGCAAGGGUUCUGACAUACCUCGAGCUGUUUUGCGGCUUGCAAACCCUUUUGGCCCUUCAAUGCUGCUCCUUACCUUCCCGUUCUCCUCGACGGUUGGUGCGCUGCAAUAUUGUCCACGGCAAGCGUGUUGCGCCCGGCUCCGCUGCUGGCCGACACAGCAACCCGAGGUAUACUGCCCUGACCUUCUUCCUUCUGUAUCUGUCGCUCGUCGAUGGUGCUUCACUCAGGACUGCUACUCAGUUGGGCUCGCUUGGACUUGCCCUGUGUCGCCCCGUUGCCUCGGUUCAACUGCAUGUUCAUGGGUUCCAUGAAAAUCGGCCAGUCAUCAGCACUGGACCAGUUUUGCCCACUCCCUCAGUCGAGGUGAUGUGUCAUGUUUACCCGGUUGGUCGUGCAGGCAAUUCAAUGCUGUCGCGCUCGGAUCGUCACCGUCGAUCCUUGGCCGUCUUCGUGGGCCAGCCGCCUGGCUCACCGGUGCUUGAGCCUUGUCCGCUACUUUUCAUGGCAGACGAAUGGAUGCAUGGGCCGCUCCUAUGGGGACAGAUUGCCGCGGCCUUGGGUUUCCGUGACGACGUGUUUUCCGUCACCACUCUCCAGAGCCCCCUUCCAGGCUUGCCAGGGGAGCAGCUCCUCAUGACGCCACGGUCUCUACCGUGGCGAUAUGCAUGGCUCCCGGUGGACUUGAGAGCGGUCGGGGGUCGCAUCUGUAUGUUGAUGUGUGUGCGCGACUCUUCCUGCCAAGCUAUUGCUCAGCUUGCUAUUACGGCGCAGGAACUUCAGCUCCGGGUCGAUGGUCUUCUUGGCCGCUGCCAUUGGGGUUGGCUUACCUUGAGUUCGCAACCACUCUUCCUGCAAGGGGUUGAUGCUCUCCAAUUCGCGUCUGGUCCCGGCCCAGAGUCACUGCAAGCCCCUCUCGGUGCUUCUCUGGAUCCGCCUCUGUCUCUCCUCUCAGCUAUGCAGGUCAGUCUCCCAUCGGGCCAAGCCGGGGCCGAUAUUUUCCAGGGAUACUCAAACAACCAGGCGAUCCUCAUAACACCGAAUGGCCUUGUUUAUGUUGAGGUGCCCGUCUUUGCUGACGCGGCGACUUUCCGUAGAAUUGUGUCGUUCCGUGCCUCGCCUACUGCUCGAGGUGGGGUAAUGCGCAUUUGGCAACCCUUGCCAUCGUUGCCAUUGGUGCAGUUCCUUGAAAUCCACUGUCACUCCGACGAAGUUCCGUGUAUUUUGGAUUUCAGGCCUUUGGGGUGGCGCAUUGUCACUGCGUGUGUGCGUCCCCCGAUCACUGCCUUGCGUAUGCUCGAUGAGGCCAUCAGGCGUAAUAAUGGAGGCAUUCCUGCUGACUGGUUGGACCAGUGCGCUGACGGCCGUUUUGGGCUCCUCCAUCGUGAAAGCAUCGUUUUGCCCGAUCAGUUGCUUCACGGGAACUUGCCAGUUGUGGUCAUGUUCUUCCCUCAUAUCUUCAGGCAGGACUCCUCUUCGUCCUCUGAACAGCAAGUCGGAGGGCGGCCACCUCCAUCUGGUGAGGAUGUCGACGGUCCCGUUUCCAGCCACACCCUGUUUCUGCCUACUGCCACUUCCGGGGUGACCCCCGACGUGUUUUUGGGUACUGAAGGUGUGGGCCUUAACCCCCCAGGUGAGGAUCUUUCCUUUGUACCUGAAGGGGGUGCUGGUACGAGCGCGAGUUGCACUUCAAUGCAGACUCCUACUCUGCUCUUGGGUACCCUUCUGAGCACUCUUCAUUCAUUUGCUGUGGUUGAUCUGAAAGGCCUGCCUUUGGCACUUUUACUGUUCGUUGCUUUCAGGCCGUCCACCGCGGUCCAAGUUCACAGCGCCCCUGGGUCUCCGCGCCAAGUCUUGCAAGGGGCGUCACUUGCCCGGGAUCGUGAUCUUGCUGCCCCCCCGUUGGCCCAUGUCGAUCUACAAGGGAUGUGGCAACGCACGGGCGACUUUGGUGACGCCUUGCUUUGGCCCAGCCUCGGUGAUUCAUCACGCCGUUUCCUUGUCACGUGCAAAAUUUGGGCGCCAGAGUCCUCCCUUGUACUUCAAUUUCUCGGGGAUAUGGAUGCCGGGGAAGUCGCAGCCGAGCUUCACAGGCAAGCUGUCCGUCUGGGGAGGCCACACCUGGUGGCAGCCUCCACCGGUCCUACAUUUGAUAAGGUCCAUUUAGUUGCGGCAGCAUCGGGCCGUGAACACAUCACCGUUCUCGUUGAUGCGUGUGUCGAUCUUUGCUGUGUCGACUUACCAGCUGCCUACACUUCCCGGGAUGUAAUUGUUGCGGUAGCGCAGUUCCUCCAGCAUGAUGCCUUUCAGAUUCUUUGCGGGCGCGGCUUACGAUUACGGCAUGGAGAUGUUGUUACUGUGAAGCCCGCUCGACCGACGCAGCAUUUUGACAUCUCGUCUCUUUUGUUGCCACUUCCCAGGUGCUCUACGGCUGCAUGGCUGGCGCCGGUACGCCACGUCUCUGUGGUUCAGGCCGCGGAAGGGGUGCAUACUUUUAGUGUGCCGGCUAGUACCACCGUGACGGCUGAGGUACUGCGUCUUCUUAUGUCCAAAACCUGCACCGGCAAAUUUUCGUUCUUUGAUUUGCCCUUCCCAGAUGUGCUGCCCCAUGCUUCGUUUGUGGCAAUCGGCCGCCGGCAGUGCGUUGUGGUCUACAGAGUCAACGACCGUGCGGACCCUGCCUCCCUGGGGUUGAUCUUGUGCUUUGAAGGCCGCUUCGUGUCUUAUGACGAGUUUCUGCUGCAGCUUGCCUCUCGGACGGAACUCCCUGCUCGUCUUCUCCGGUCUCUCCAGUCCCACGGGAUGACGGUGCUUACUUGGGAGACUACUGCACUUCCUGGGGACCCUACGUGCCGCCUGUGGUGUGUCCAUGUUGUGGUAGACAUGAAUCGAGCAUUCUCCGCGGGGCUGCGCUUCAGCCGUGCGGUCCGGCCGAUAAUACAUGUACCCAUACCUCUGCAACUGCCCAGCGGUGUUCGGACCUCUGACGCCGGUGUUCAAACUGGAGGCCCCUUUCUGGUGCCAGACACUCACCCCCUUAGUAUGCCAGCUCUGCCCGUCGAUUGCGUGGUUGGUCUCUCCCCACCUAACCCGAGCAUCUGGUCAAGCUUGUGGUGCGAACAUUGCCGAUUAAAGUGUGUGGUGCCAUGCAUUCCAGGCUUCGCACUCUGGGCUAUCCGGGACGGGGCCCUUGUGUUUGGGGUUUGUUCCGCCGCUCCUUCCUGGGAUAAUGUUGCUAAUGUUUUAGCGCUUUCCCUCUGGGAACUUCCGCAAACCUUCUUGUAUGAUGAGGGUAAGGUAUGGCCAUACCCAGGUGAUUUGCAUGACGUUGCGGAUCGGUGUGUUAACAUCGGUCAUGACUCUCACGACGGAGUCGCGCAGCUGGCCAGGCAGUGUGAAUGGCAGCAGCCAGCCCCACCCCCGGCCCCCUCAUCUCUUGCUGCUGCCGCAUUCUUGGCGUCCGGUCAAGUGAGAGUGCUUGCCCUUCUGGCUUCCCUUGCUAUAGGUGCAGGCGGUGUCCAGGUCAAUGCACCCCCAGGUAGGCUCCGGCCACACGACACCUUCGUUACAUUCGUCCAGGACAGGCGGGAUUUUGCCCGCACAUGCACCCUUUCAUGGACCCAUGAGUUGGGGCGUCAAACACACGGAUUUGGGGUCUCCCCGACCAGCCUGGGUGCUUUUAUUGAAAGGAACGGUCCCUCGGAUGUUCAGCUGCACUUGUGGCUCCCCGGGCGAGGCCCCAUUCAUAUUCGUGUGAGUGCCGCGUACAUUGAACAGCAUCUGCGUGCAUACCUGGCAGCCUUCCUUCCCUCCCCUACCUAUAGGUUGCAUGUCGCUUUUGACUCCUGUCCUCAUGUGCUGGAGCUCGUUGUGGUGCCUCCUGGUUCCGGGGUUUGGUGGAUUAUUCGGGACGAAGGGGGGCGCGAGCUGCUUCGCCCGGUGACGCAGCAUUUCACAACUCAUUGUCAUUUCCACUUCUGUACGCUCGACCCGGAUGGUUCUGUACUUCAGCUUGAGCCAUCUUCUGCCGUCCGUGACGGCCUCGUUCCCCCGCAAGGAGCCCGUGCCGUUAUUACCCAAGGCCUUCCACACCUUCUUGGUCAUUGCGUACAGGGAGCUGUGCGCAUUGCUGCUGCACGUUCCCCGCGGACCCUAGUGGGCGUGGCCCUCUGGCUGGUUUCCCUCAACAGUGUUGUUGUCGCUAUGCAACCGGGCAGUGCACCCGGCCCGUCUGAGUAUGCUAUCAUUCCUGCUGUGCAGCCUCCAGACCCGUCCCCGGAUGUAAUUAGGAUCUGGACGCUUAACGUAAGGGAACCUAUAGAUUUCCCCUGGCUGCCCCAGGGCUACCCGACACGCUGGCUGUGUGAGCUUGUUAGUCGCCUACAUAAUAUAGCUAGCCCUGGGGAGUUUCGUUCCACGCAUCACCCGGCAACGGACCCAGUCCAACACCUCAUGUUCGUGCCGGUUGUGCCUCGGACGGUUCCCCCUUCUCGCUUCUGGCUGUUGCACUUUGGAGACUCAGCGACUGUCACGUUUGGCCACCACCCCUUUGAUUGGGAUAUAUUGGCGGCUCAUUUGCGCGCUCUGUUUCACCAUGAGCUAGUACCAGAGCGCCGUCCAGCCUUAGGGUUUGGCGGUAACCUGUUCCCACCCGGGGUAGGUCUCCCGGAAUUCCCCUCCGGUGCCAUCAUUCAGGGCCCCUUCUUUAGGACUACCCCUAGUCGGGGGCCCCUUCAUGAACCUCCAAUAGUCGUUGGGGUUGACGGCCAGAGACUUGAUGGGAACGGAGCUCGGCCACCCUGCCAUGAUUGUGCGACGCAGACUAAUCUUACAGGAGAAGGUGUGGGGAUUGACCAUGCUGCUGUCCUGCGGGUCAACGACCUAGCCCGGGAUCUAGCUUACCAUGCAGCGCGUCUGUGGCAAGGACUGGCCGAGCCAGACGCUGAACCAGUUGGCGACUCCGGACGCGUGCUCCAAGCCUCUGCCACCCCGGCUCGCCCGGUUGACCUUCUUGACCUUGACCCCUCUCGAGGGGACAGAGAUGCAUCCCCUGCCGCCGCUUGGUUGAUCCUAUGUCUCGGCCGUCAAGCAGGGACUUUCCUGAGACAUCUUCACCUCGUUGGCUGCGUUCUCCUGCUCCCGGGGUGGGUGUCCGCGUCUAUUAUCUCACCUCCUGGCUCAAGUUCGGAUGAAGAGGGCAGUUCUCCAGCCACAGUGACCACUUUCAAUGCGGCGACCCAUGGAGCUGGCCGAGCCCCUCAUGUGCGUCCUGCCGGGCCUCCGCCGCCCACUCCGGCCAACGCGCCACCGGUCGCAUCUCGCGUUCUCUAUCUGCAGGCUGCUACCCCUGUGGAAGACUACUCCUUGGGUCAGUGGCCACCGGUUGGCCCUGCUCGGGCUACCGUUUCUCCUUCUGCCGUUACCACUGUGCAAGUCCAACUGUCCCAGUUUCAACAUGGGGUUCGAGCGGUUGUUGACGCCAUCCCUCCAGGUACGCCCAUCUGCAUACACAAUCCCUUCACGGCGCGUGCACAAUGCAGCUGGUUGGAAUAUCAUGCCGGGGUGGAGAUUUCGCCCUUUACUGUGUUUCAAGACCAUGCCAAUCACCGUGGGUGGAGAGGCCUUGCUCUCUUACAUCCACAACCGGAUGCCCUGGCGGUCCACCUCAUUGGCCAGCCGCUUCAUCCUGACAAUGCUGCGGUCGGGAUUGUAUUGAGAGAUCGGUUGGUCCCUUGUUGCCUACCGCGCUGUGUUCGGGCAUCUGCCUUACAUUCGCUCCAUGUCGGGGACGAUGUCUGUGAUCUCCACUUUUCUGGGUUGAUCCAUGACGAAGCCGAUACCGUGCAGCUACGGGAUGGAGACUGUUUAGGUGCUCGCAUCAGACCCCCACGCCCCUCUGCUACCCGACCGGAGGUUGCCUACGCCACGCCUGCCUCAGCUGACGCUGGCGCGCCCGUUGCAGAGGAUCGAUCCUCAUCCAUACUUGGCGCCCUCGGUUGGGCCGCUUCACCCUUGCGGUACCUUGGACUCUUCCUCUUUGGGCGUGGCUGGCGUCAUGCAGGGCCUGGAUGGAUUGUGGUCUGCUUUGGCACCCUAGCUGUCUCUGCUAUGCACCGCCCUGGCGGUUUUCCAUGGGGUGAGCACCCCCGUAAUAGAGAGCUCCGUGAUAUCACGGCCCACGACCCGGUUUAUGUUGUCUUGCAUAGCCCCUUCCUUGGCGCUUACCCUGCUUAUACCGCGUCAAGAGAUACGCGCCACCAUGUCAUUUGGGCACAGUUCCUGAAUGAUGAGCCUGCUUUGCCGGCAGACUUCUUCCCGGUGUGGCCGGGCCCGGCAUUCAAUGAACUGUCGAUAGUCCCAAUCGGCGCCGACCCUGCCAUUGUCACUUUGAUGCUGCAGUGGCGAGGCCUCCCUCGUGCAAUCGUCGCACCGCGGGUCAUGACAGUUAAAUGGCUCAUGUCCUUGAUCGCCCGUCUUGUAGGGCGAAAUGUGGGAGAAAUUGCUGUCCCACAUGGCCUGGCGGUCGCAGAAUUCUUCGAUGUGCCACCCGCCGCACUCAAGUUUCGCAACGGUGAUGUCGUGUACGCACUGGAGGCCCAGGAUGCCGAUGACGAGGCACUGCAGGCGGUCGAACCAUGGCAUCUACAAGAUGGACUCGCAGCCCAGCACGCCCCAUGGGCCUUGGGGUUUCGCCUUAUGUUUGAUGUUCAGGUCCAGUUACUUCGCCCUGACCGGCCGCCGGUCCUCGCGCGGGUUGCUGCCGAAGAAGCUUGGUGCCCUGAAUCCCACUGCUUUUCAGGUGACUUCCAACUGCGCUUUCCGGGCAUGUGGACUCCUGUCCAGUGGACUUCUGCGCGCCAGGUCCAGUUGGUUCAGGUCUGCAAUGUUGCGGCCCAGGUCCACGUCGUUGUGGCCACACCUGGUGAGCGUCUCUGCCGAGUGUCAGACAGGUUUGUCUCUAAAUACACUCUGGCAUCAUCGCUAAAUCUUGACCCCGUCUCUGUCUGCGUGGGUGGGAUUCCGGCAUAUGCGCUUGAACAGUCCUGCGAGCUUCGGAACGGAGAUGUUGUUUUUGGCAAUGCUGAACAGGGCGACAGCUCUGGCUCGGUGGGGCCACUUGCUCGCGCCGUCCUGGCCGCUGUCUUGUGGGCUGCCGUCACCCACUGGCCAGACCGGGUCGGCUGGAGCCUCUUGGCAAUGCUUGUGCUUGGCCAGUGUGCAAACCAUGAUGGCACUCUUUUCGGAUGUCACGCUAUGCAGCUUCAGGCCGCCCCGGUCGCCGCAGGCCCUGAGUCGGCUGGGCCAGGAGUCCCUCGAGCAUCUGCUCCAUCCCGACUCAUGCAAGUCCACGUCGCCGACCCCUUUGCGGCCUGGACGGUUGUCCGGGUCGAUGAGUCCGAGAUCUUCCCCAGCCUCCUGGAGGUAUGUCCGGGCGCCCUAGCCUCAUGGCAUCGGGGAUUUGCCAUUGCUGACUCUACCUCAGUGGGGCUACAUGUUGCUGUACCGCACCCUGGACGGGGGUUAGUUUGCGUCCUGAUUGUCGGCCUUGGGCAACGCCUCUGUGUGUUGCUGCCUGCGUUUCUGACUCUCCGCGCAGCUGAGAGGGCAGUUAGCCUCCGUAUGGGGCAGCUUGUGGCUCUCCAGUUAGGUCCAGGUCUUGUUGCCGAGUCGAGACAGCUGGGCGCUUUCCUUGCCCUUCGUACCGGGGAUACUUUGGGUGUUCGACUUGUCAGUACGCUUUCGUUUGCUAUGACCCCUCCUCUGCCUCACUUUCCUACCUGGCAGCGUGCCCACGCUGAAGGCGCGUGGAGGACCGACUUUGUGGUUGACCACCCCUCCUCCCUGCUGCUGUGGCGACCAAAUUGUCCCACCCGAUUACUUUGCUUUGGCCCUAAUCAACGGUGGAGUGCAGCUCAGGCGACUAUUUUAGGGGACGACACCCCUUUCGCAGAGGGACGGUGGACGCCCUGUGUCGGGCAUCAAGGAGUCAUACCAUGGCUCCUUUUUCAAGCUACCGAGCCCUCACAAGUUCAUGUCAUCCGCACCCACAGCUGCACUGAAUGCGUCGCGGUUAACCGUGAUGCUGCCUAUGACAUGUGGAUUGAUGGUUUUCAGGUCCGCCCGCCUACAGCUCGGCCGGACAAGAUCACUCGAGUCCGGGAAGGAGAUUGGUGGCUCAAAGCUGUUGCUAGCGGAGGGGGUCUGGUCUCUGGCGCAUCUAGGGGGUCCCGAUUCUUCCUUUUGUUGGCUGUCUCGUUUCUGCAUUUUCCAGCUGUUUCGGCCGCCUCGUCUUCCGAGGGUUGCCGCAGUCCUGACUCGUCUGAGGCUCGCACCAUCAGGUCCCGAGGGCGAUGGGAUGCGCGCAGCCGGAGUCGAUCGCCACCAUCAGUUGUCCACUUUCCCCCACGAAUUGAUUGGACCGAUGGCGAACCUUUCAUCUUACAUGCUGGCUGGCGCCUCCACGAAGGUGAUGGCCUUACCGCAUUCGACCAAUGCUAUCUGCGUCCUGAUCAGGCCACCGUCCGCACAUUAUGUCCAAUCCUUGGAUGGAGCGCCGCUGAAGCUGCUGAUCUAGGGCGUUCCUGGACAUAUUUUGAUAGGAUUGGGCAACGGUUUUGUGGCAGCUGGUGCACUCGUUUCUUCCCAGUUCGAGGGGUUCGGCCACUCACAGAAGUCGUCCUGGCCCCGGUCGCUCCCUGCGGUUUGGCCACUGUAAUCAUUCACACUUUAGAUGAGACGGGUGCCUUUCUCUUACCGGUCGACACUACCCCGGCUGCCAUUCAGGCGGCUGCUGCAAUGCGCUCACCCCAGGUCAGAUCCUGGCAUCUUAUGCUUCCACCGGCGCUCCGUGCUGUGCAUGAACAUCAGGUCAUUCGACUGCGCAACGGGGACCUCUUUGGGCUGCAGCCUUGCCCUGGUCAGCCGGGUUAUGCACCACGUCCCACACUGAAUUUUCCUUCCCUUGAGGUCGCCCGUCAGGUCGCCAGUUGGUCCCUCCCCUUUCGUUUUGAUACUGGGGACACGGCGACAUUCUGGUCCACCUCUAGCCGGGUAGGGCGCUCGGUCACUAUACGAGGAGGUGGGAUAUGGGACCCGCGCGGACCCACGUUUCGAAGUCCGAAUGGUCAGCAAAUGUUGGGUUCGUGGGUCCCGGUACUACAAGGUGGCCUCACACGUUUGCAUUUUGUCAGUCGGACCCUUCCGGUUGAAGCCCUUGUCAUAUGUUUGAUCCCACCCACUGACGAACCGAUCGGGGUUUUCCUGGCUGGCAUUUGCGCAUGCCGACCCCCCUUUGGCUGGAGACUGGUCCCUUCCAUUCGACGCAGCCGCGCUGGAGGGUCUCUCCGCGACGCUGAUGUCCUCGAGGUUGACCCUGAUGCGACUUUCACCUGGGAUCCCUUUGAUGGUCGCCCCCCGCUUCUUGCUGAAGAUACGCCGGGUCAGGAUGAUCGUCAGGUUGAUCCGGACUCAUCUUGGGACCUCGGCUUUCCGGCUGCCAUCUCCGCUGCGUCCUGCGUUCUUUCCAAACGCAGCUUCAGUUGGGCCCUGCUCCUAUAUGGUUGGCUAUCUCUGUCUGGUGUCUGGGGCAUGUACCAGCCUGUUGACACGGCACCAGCCCCGAUUCGCGCUGGUUUUUUCCCUUGGCGGGCCCCCGCAGGCCAUGAGAACAUGCAGGAUCUCACUGAGCGGGCCACCUUGGAGGUUGUCUAUGUCAGCCCAUUCACUGGGCCUCAAGUUCUGGGACAGGUCCCAACUUCUGCGUCACCAGAUCACUUGCUUGAUAGGGCAAGUCAGCUCGAGCCUGGCUGGGGAACAGGAAUUGCCCCGGUAUGGCCGGCUACGCCGCUUCCCUUCCUUAUGGUUGUCCCUCAACCGCCUUGCCUUGAACUGGUGUGUGUGGUGGUGUCCUCGCUGGAGGAUCAUUUUGCUCUGUGCAUCCCUCGGGUCGCGCCACUUGAAUGGAUUGCACAGGUCCUGCGGUACAGCCACUCCCUGCACGCUUUGUCCCUCCGUGCACCGGCUACUGUCCGGGACUUAGCUUCAGACGUCUACUGGCGUUCGGGAGAUUUGCUUGUGGCGCUCCCACCUGCGGUUUUUGAGCCCACGUACUCCCCGCCUUGCUUUGCCACUGCGACCCAGCUUCGGCACUGUGCAAUUUGGUCCGUCGAUUUCUCUGUUUCCUCUACGAUUGAGGUAGUCUUAUGGCGACCUUCGGUGCGGCCACUCCGCUCUCGCAUCCCGGCCCUGGCUCGAUGGAAUGCCUUGGACCUCACCUUUGAGGGUGUGUUUGCCCAGCGGUUCCCGGGUCGCUGGGCGCCAGUUCCGUGGGCCGCCGACGACCUGCCCCAUCUAGUCCAAUGCUCCCAAUCGGCAGAUGAUGUAACUGUUAUAGUUGAAUCCUCUGUUGGGUGCUUCUGCAGUGAGAUUCCAGCCUGUGUUGAUGCGUGGCAGCUUUGGACUGCGCUGCCUACUCUGCCCUCACAACCGCAAGUCCUUGGGGUCCCUAAGGCCGAGCUUCGCCACGGCACCCUUCUGCGCAACGGGGAUGUUGUGUCAGGGACUUCUCCUCGGGAACAACUCCCCGUGUGGAUCGCCCUUUCGCUUUCACUGCUUUGGCGGUGGCCGUGUUUGGGAGGCGCCAGUCUCCUUUUUAUUCUCACCCCGGAGGUUCGUGCAGUCCGCACUCCGGCCAGUGGGACCAACACUGAGUACUUGCAUCGGGUCUGGAAUCCUGCUGGGAUGGUGCAGGGGCCCUUUCCUGGGCCAUCGCACCGAUGCCCGGACGUGCUACGCCAUAGUAUCCCUGCAUGGGAUCAUUUCGUUCGAGUACGCCCGACUCAGCAUGUUGCCUUCAUUGACUGGGUCCCGGCCCCUCCGGACCCGGACUCUGUGAUUGUGCUCCUUCACGGCGGAGUGAGCUCGCGUGCUGUUAUGCUGCCAUGGCGAGCUUCGCCCCAGGAAGUCUUAGAUCGUCUCCGUGCGUUCGCACCUUUAGCCUCUUCCGUUUCCGCCACUCCAGCUGCAUGGAGAGGUACCUCUCUCUCCAGAUCUCCCAUUCUUUAUCUGCGCUCUGGGGAUGUGCUCUGCCUUGACAGCGUUUCUUGGUAUCCUCGCCUUCGUCAGCCGCAGACCCUGGAAUGGCCCACGGUACAGUUUGCGGCCGCCUUCGCGUUUUGGGGGCACCCCUUUAAAGUACUUGAGCCGGGCCUUAUAUUUGCCUGGCAAUCUGGGGCAGUCUUGCCGCUCUGCGUACCUACCGUACGAGGUGAGCGAUGGGACCCCAGCAGGGGGACCUUCUUUCCCUCUCUUGCACCUUUCAGCUUUUCUAGAUGGGUUCCCGCUGUUCGGGUCGACCCUCUGGGUCUGCAUCUGGUAGAAGAGAGUACACAAGGUACGAUUGCACACACACUGGCUUGCACGUACCCCCCUCGGGUUUGCGCGACUGAGGUAUGUCUCAGUCCUUAUGCACCCCGCGAUGGGGAUGAUUUUGGCCGGCGAACCACUGGGAUUCCCGGGCUAGGUCUUUGGAUAGGCUUUCUUACCCAGGGUGCAAGGCUGCGGUGCCGGCCCGCCUUUUACAUUCUCGGCCUGCUCUGGUUGCCCCUGUUUGUUGGGUCGGGCCCUAUGCCACACCCCCAUGCAUGGAGACCGGAAAUUGUCAUAUAUCCCGAUCCCGGGAUCUCCCAACUCAGCGGACGUGCUUUCUCGUCUUGGGAAUCAUCUCUUAGCGACGUGUACGGGCGUGCCUGGGGAGCCCCUGCGGUCUACGGGCCCCCAGGAGCAGCUAGAGCUGCGCGCCAUGAUAGCUGCUCUAUCGACCUUAAUGACGCUGGCUAUCAUUAUGCCGGCUUAGCUGCUCAUUAUCUUGCUCGGCCGCUGCCCCUUCACCUCCCCGCUCUCUUACCAGGCAUGUACCACGGCGGAUGGCAGCGAUUCCCACCCUGGGCUGGUGGAGCCCCUGAUGAGGUCCUUAUCGCAACUGAUGGAAGUGGCACCCACUCCGGUGGAUGGGCCUUUGCAGCCUGGUGUUGUUGGAAAGGUGCUUGGUACCGUGUCGGUUGGGAUGCUGGUGCCCUGGGAAUGACCCCUUGGCUUCCCAGUUUGCCGGAGGGAGGUACGGAUCUCCGCUCCUAUGCUGGGGAACUGAGUGCCCUAGUCUCAGCUGCUGCGUGGCUUACGGCUUGGUGGGACCACCUCCUACUCCAUACGGGUCAUGCACCCAGGCAAGUCACUAUAGCAGUCGAUAACAGUGCCGCUCUGCAGGUCGCUUGUGGCCAUGCCGCAGCCACCCUUGUGCACUCUCAAGGCGUCCAGUCCCGGUGUGCCACUCACUUCCGCCAUGUCCCGGGGCACGCUGGGGCCCUGGUCAAUGAAAUUGUUGACGCGUUGGCCGGGUAUGCCAGCCUGCACUCCAGGUGUGCCACAGCAGGUUGGUGUCGUCUGCUGCCAACCUUUGGGGAUACACUCGCUGCCUGUGCCCCAUUGAUGUGGCUCCUACCGCGCGCUCAGCUUGGCCCACAUGGCCUUCACUGGCGGCCUGCGGGGUGGGAGUCACCGCCUGCACAACCACCUGCCGCGGAGAGUCGUCAGCCUCUGUCGUCGGCCCCUCCGACAGGCGAACCUGACUGCCCCACACCGCUUCGCAUCAAUUUCAGGGUUGUGCAGGCUAACAUCCAGACUAUUAAAGAUGUAGAUGUGUCCUUCUUCAACCGCGAAGGCCACGGUCAACGUCGGGUCUACCUAGCCAAGCAGCUGCAGGCCUUGGAUGUUCAGAUUGCGUUUCUCCAAGAGUGUCGCAGUCGGCCAGGCCGAUGGUCCUCUCACGGCUUCCUAAGCUUUCGCUCUGGUGCCGAGAAGGGACUGUAUGGGGUAGAAAUUUGGAUCCGCCCGGAUCUGCUACAGCCGGCCCUAUCGUUGGAUGACUUUCGGAUUCGCCAUGCCGACCCACGCAUGUUGUUAGUACAGUGUCAACGUGCCGAACUACCGAUCACCCUUGUUGCUGCCCAUGCCCCACACUCGGAGAGGCCGGAGGCGGAAGCGCGGCGGUUUUGGGGUGAUUUUCGAGUCCACUUGCUUUCGGCCUGUAACCGGGGGACUGUGAUAAUCGGCGUGGAUGCCAAUGCUGACAUUGUAGGGCGCGACGAGGAUGAGGUCCUUGUUGGCGAUUUACUCUCCCUGCGGCCCCCACGUUUGAAUGAUGACCUUCUCUUGGCGUGCCUGCACGAUGCCUCAUUGGCCGCGCCCGGGACUUGGGCAGAGAUUCACUCUGGUCCUACUUGGACGUGGCAACACACAGGCGGCAAGACCCAACGGCUAGACCACCUGCUCGUCUCAAGCGGGAUCACGGUUCAGGCCCACCGACAGUAUCCUGAGUUCGACAUUCUGAAUGGGGAAUCCAGGGACCAUAUGCCUAUCACUGCCCUGAUUGAAGUCUGCGGGCGUCGCGGGAGGAGGGUGCAAUCACGUUGCCCAUAUGCACCCGCGAGUGGUGAUCGGGUUGCCUCUACGAUGUGGUCCCUGCUGGGGGACACCUUUUCAGGCACUUGUGAAGAACAAGUCCAACGGCUUUGCGACGCCCAUGAUGCUGCCGUCAAGCAGCUGCCUGCACGGCCACCCUUUCUCCGGCGGCAGCCAUACCUCUCUGUAGCAGCCGAAGUACUGCUCACUACGCUUCGGGAUGCCCGGGCUGAGCUCCGACGAAUCUCGGCCCUCCAGCGACUGCAGCUCUGCCGCAUUGCCUUUCAUUCGUGGCGACCGCAGACGCCUGGGGUUCCCAGAUGGGAACGCCACCAGACUCAGAUGCUGCGGGCUCAUUACGCCCACGUUUGCUUUAAACUGCGGGCCCAGGCCCAUGCGCAGGCUCGCCAGGACAAGCAGGCUUACUUCGAGUCGCUUUUGGUCGGGGCCAUUGAUCAUUGGCAUGCCACCGGGCGGCCUUCGGAAGCUGUUGCCAAGCUUUCGUGGGCAUCUAAAGGUGCUAAACAAAAGCGUGAUGUCCGGGCCGCCAGUGGCUUUGAUAUUGACGAACAGCUCCAGUUGCAGUUUCAACAGCAGGAAGGGGGACGUCCUGUUUCUGAUGAUCAGUUACAAAUGGCCUUUUCACACUGGGCCACCCUACCACGACCUGCAUGCGCGGCUGCUGUGCCCACUCUCCUUGACGUUGAACAUAUGUGCAGGGCACAGCGACGGGGCAAGGCCCCCGGGCCUGACCACAUUAGAAAUGAAAUUUGGAAAGCCUGCCCGGACCGGGCCGGCCGUUGGCUGUGGCCCAUGUGGCUGCGCAUGGCAUGGGGAGAAGCCGAGCCCCUGCACUUCAAAGCUUCUAUUGUCGGGGCUCUGCAUAAGAAAGGCCCGGCCCACAUCCCGGCUAAUUUUCGGUCGAUUGCCAUGCUCAACGGCGUCGCAAAGCUAUGGCACUCGCAGCUGAGGUCCACACUGGGUCAGGAAGUCAUUGCCCAUUAUUUCCCCACCCAACUGGGUGGCAGGAAGGGAAUCGAUACUGGCCUCGCCUUAAGUGUCUUCCGGUCCGCUGUUGACUUGGCUUCCGUCCGCGGGCACUCAUGGGCCGCAUUGUUUGUUGACAUUCAAGCCGCCUAUUAUGAAGCUGACCGACUCCUGCUUUUCCAAGGUCGUGAUCUUGACUCUGCUUUGCAGGGGCUCCAGCUUCCCAGACAUGUUCACCGACUUAUUCAGGAUGGCGUACUGACCGGGUUAGGAGUCCCCGAAGAUCAGGUCGCCCUCUUGCGUGACUGUGUGGAAUGUUCCUUUUGGCGGAUGGUUGGGCAACCGCAAGCUAUCAUUGCCAGCCGCGGCUCCCGGCCCGGCGAUGGCUUGGCUGAUGUUCUUUUCGGCGCCCUGUUUGCCGUGAUCUUGCAGUGCCUCCAUCAUGCCCUUCUUGCUGAGGACAUUGUCCACACUGCAUCUGCCGAUGCUCUGGGUCAGCCCGACGCCUCGCUGCAGAUCGCGUGGGCAGAUGAUCUGUGUCUCCUUGUUGACUUCAUCCGAGCCGCGUGGGCUGUCACGAAGCUCCGUCGCUUGUGUGCCAUUGUGUUACAGGUGUUCGAGGCUUUUCGUUUCCGGGUUAAUCUUGGCCCUGGAAAGACGGAGGCCCUUGUCCACCUCCAGGGAGCUGGGGCCAAUGCCGCCAGGAAAGAGCUUCUGUCGCCUGAACCUCGCCUCGACCUUCCUGAUGGCAGAUCUAUCAGGGUUGUACCUGAAUACAAAUACCUCGGCGUCGCGCAGCGUUGUCGCGACACCGGUCGUCGAGAUAUCGAGGCUGCAGCCGCUCGAGGCAACGCUAUCUGGACCCAAGCAGCCGGGCUGGUCCACUCCCCUCACCUUCCGUGGCCCUUGAAGCUUGUGUGGCUGCAAGGGCGGACCCUUCCCGCCGCUUAUUCUUCGCUUGCCACGACUCUUGCUCGUUCAGAGCGGGCCUGGGGCCCUCUUCAUGGGUUUCUAGACAAGUGCCUCCGACAACUCGUUGGGGCUUGGGAUGCUGGUCGCCAUGUAGCCUCAGCCCAACUGCGAGCAUGUACGGGUGUUUUGGAUGUUGAAUGCGCCGUUAUCAUUGCCCGGGUCCGUCUGUUAUGCCGGAUUGUCUCCGGACGGUCAACUGAGGCCUUCGAACUUUUCCAAGCAAGCUGGGAUCGCGGAGGUGAAUGGGCCUCCUUGCUUGCUGAGGCAGCGCGUCGUGUCUGGCCUGCCUCCGGUCUCCCUGCGCUCCAGCCAGGGGAGCCCACUCUACUGGGGAUACGGCGACACCUCAAGAAGCUCCUUACGGCCUGCCGGAAAAUUAGCCGUUCAGGCACUAUGCUUCUUGCCCUUCAACGUGCCUGGAAGAGUCACGAGAGCCCCACGCCGAAGCGGGUCAUCGGCCUUGCCUCCCCGCGGAUUUGUUCAGAAUGUGGGGCGACACUUGCGUCGGCUCACGCCCUCGCAGCGCACAUGCACAGGUUGCAUGGCCGAGUUGCCUUGUGCACUCAAUAUACCCUCGGUACUGUCUGCCUGUGGUGUCUGACGGAAUUCCACAAUGCAGCUCGGCUCCGCUAUCAUCUGCUUCACACCCCUGAGUGCGAACAUGGCCUCCGCUGUUGUGUAUAG